AUGUCCGAUCGUUUGGGGCAAAUAACCAAGGGAAAGGAUGGGAAAAGCAAGUACUCGACUCUCAGCCUGUUUGAUAAGUAUAAAGGAAAGUCAAUAGAAGCUAUCAGAACUACAGUUAUUCCUAGACAUGGCUUACAGAGUCUUGGGAAAGUUGCUGCUGCCCGGCGCAUGCCACCUCCUGCAAACUUGCCUAGUUUGAAGUCUGAGAACAAAGGAAACGACCCCAACAUCAUUAUAGUACCCAAGGACGGUACAGGAUGGGCAAACAAGCAGGAUCAGCCAGACCAAAAGAAUUCCAGUGCGACGGCUGCACAGCUGCAGGAGUCGCUGCCGCAGCAGGGUUUGCAGAAAUCUGUCUCCAAUUUGCAGAAGCCGACACAGUCAAUCAGUCAGGAGAGUACAAAUUCAGUGCCAGGUGGACCAAAGUCAUGGGCACAGCUGAAUGGAAAGCCAGCAGGACAAGAAGGUGGUUCAAGGGCCUCAAGCCGACUGUUAUCCUUCUCUCCCGAGGAAUUUCCGACGCUGAAAGCAGCUGGCGAGCAGGACAAGGUUGGCAAAGAAAAGGGCGCCUUAGAUCCGUCGUAUGGGCCAGGACCAAGCCUCCGCCCCCAGAAUGUCACCAGUUGGAGGGAGGGCGGUGGGAGGAACAUCACCUCUGCCACAUCUCUGACCGCCUCCCCUGCUGAGCUGGGCAGCAAGACCUCUAGCACCGGAGACGGAGCCCCCUCCUCAGUGAGUGCCAGCGAUCCGAAGGAGCCGUCUCUCCGCCCAGCUCAGCCUGUCCGCAAAGGGGCUUCGCAGUUCAUGGGAAAUGUCUACCAGCCACCUACAUACCAUGACAUGCUACCUGCUUUUAUGUGUCCACAACAGCCAUCUGAGACCCCUGCUUCGCUGGACCGAGGGUCUUUCCCCCUUCCUCAGCUUCGACUUGAGCCCCGGGUACCUUUCAGGCAAUACCAGAUGAAUGACCAGGAUGGAAAAGAGAACAGGCUCAGCCUGUCUCGCCCAACACGUCCAGUUCGGCAGCAAAUAGAGCGAGCACCUCGGCCCACCAUUAUCAAUGCAGAGAACCUAAAGGGGCUGGAUGAACUAGACACUGAUGCAGAUGAUGGCUGGGCAGGCAUUCAUGAAGAAGUGGAUUACUCUGAGAAACUGAAGUUUAGUGAAGAUGAGGAAGAAGAAGAAACUGUUAAAGACGGACGACAGAAGUGGAACAGCUGGGAUCCCAGAAGGCAGCGACAGUUGUCCAUGAGCUCUGCAGACAGUGCAGAUGUCAAACACACCUUGGAGGAAGGAAAGAAUUGGGGUGACUCAGCUGGCUUAGCCCGGUCAGUCCGGAAAGUGCAGGAUUCACAGCAGCCUCCGAGGAAGCUGAAUGGCUGGAGCUCUGCAUCUGAGUACCAGAAGCCUGCAGUGGGAGGUACUCUCAAACAGCAGUCCCUCGAGGAUAAAGAAGAAAAGGUGCCACUGAGACAGAAGUUUGUGCACUCUGAGAUCUCGGAGGCUGUCGAGAGAGCCAGGAGGCGACGGGAGGAGGAGGAGCGGCGAGCCAGGGAGGAGCGUCUGGCAGCCUGCGCUGCAAAGCUGAAACAACUCGAUCAGAAAUGCAAACUGGCUCAGAAGAGUGGGGAGACCCAGAAACACACUGAGAAUGAAGACCUGCGACCCCCAAGCACAGAGAAAAAUGCUGUGCAAGAGAAUGGGCAUGCUUUCUGUAGAGCCACCCCUGAGUUUCAUACACAGGAAGUCUCUGUUGGAUAUCUGGAAGAGGAGACUCCUGCCCCAGCAGCAGCAGCCCAAAGCAGCAGUGAGGAGGAGCUCAGAGAAGCUCCUUCCCCAGCACAGGAAUUCAACAAAUACCAGAAAUCUCUUCCCCCACGAUUCCAGAGGCAGCAGCAGCAACAGCAGCAGGAGCAGCUGUACAAAAUGCAGCACUGGCAGCAGCAGCAGCAAGUCUAUCCUCCCCCAUCCCAUUCCCAUCCCCAACGGACGUUCUACCCGCCGCACCCCCAGAUGCUUGGCUUUGAUCCUCGCUGGAUGAUGAUGCCCUCUUAUAUGGACCCUCGCAUGGCCCAGAGUCGUACCCCUGUGGAUUUCUACCCUUCAGCCCUUCACCCUUCAGGUAAGAUGUUCAGUCAGGACUCCAUCGGUGGGAGCAGCUGUCGGUCUGAAGAUCAGAACUGUCAGGCAGGGCACGUGGAAAGGAAAACUGCUCCCUUGGACCCUGUUCCAGUGUGGGGCCAGGAGAGCUACACAUCUCUGCAGAGCAAAGGGUACUCCCUGUCGCAUCAAAAACAGGCUGACAACAUGAACAUGGAGGGGCUGCAUGCCAGGAAUGACAGUUACUGUGCUUCUCCUGGAAGGCCAGAGAGUCUGAGCACCCAGCGAGAUCUCUUUGAGGAGAGAGGGGAGGAGUAUUUGAAUGCUUUUGACAAGAAGGCCCAAGCAGACUUUGACAGCUGCCUGUCUUCUCAGAGGAUAGGCCAAGAUCUCUUGUUUCAGCAUCAGGAGACUGUGCAGGAAACCUGUCCUUCUAGCAAUCGCCAUGCAAACUUGAGGUGUUCGCCCCUGGAGCCUGAUUUUAUCCAAGCAGAGAAGAAGCCUGAAUAUAAUGGCUGGGAUAUCGGCCACCAUCAGAAACCAUCGGAGACUGCAGCGGAGGUUGCUGAAGAAGUGCCCAGGGAUGAGCAGUCAUUCAGUGCUGAUCCAUGGAAGAAAGAAGGGGCUAAUACCAAACAGCCCACUGAAGAGACAACAGAGUGGGCUCCUGAGAACCGGAACACCAGUGGUCAGCACCAGGAGCAAAUGGGGAGGACACGGCGAUCAGGCCCAAUUAAAAAACCAGUCCUGAAAGCCCUCAAGGUGGAAGAAAAGGAGAAGGAGAUGGAGAAGGUUAAGCUGGAGGGAGAGGACACCUCGCGCCCGCUGAAGGAGAAGGCAGCUGUUCAGAAAGUAGAAAAUGAGUCAGAUGACUCUGCAGCCGUACUGAGCUCCACGCGUUACCUGCUGGAUGACAAAGGUUCUUCCCAGGCCAGCCUUGCCCAAGAGGCUGAGAAAUCUGAAGAGGAAGAGGAGGAGGAAGAGAAGCCAGAAAAAAGCUGGGAGAACAAGCUCUCCAGAGAGUCUGGUGAUAUCCCUCCUACAAAAAGAAACAACUGGAUCUUUAUUGAUGAGGAACAAGCCUUUGGUGGGAGAGGUCAAGGGCGUGGGCGUGGGAGAGGCUUCAGAGAGUUCACUUUCAGAGGCCGAGGCACUGUUGUGGGCAGCCGAGGAGUCUAUAACAACCAGCGAAGCAGCCGAGGGCGAGGGCUUCGGGAGUUCAACCAGCCAGAGGACUUCCCCAGAGGCAAGCCAAGGCGCCGCAUUGCAAGUGAGACGCACAGUGAAGGGUCGGAAUACGAGGAGCUCCCCAAGCGUCGCCGACAGAGGGGCUCGGAAAACAGCAAUGAAGGCUCUGUGCUGGACAGAGAGGACAGUGAUUUGAAAAAGGGAGACUUCAAAGAGUCUUGGAGGUCCAACAAAAUCUAUUCAGAUGAUCACACUAGUCUGGAUCCUAAGAUGAGGGCUCCAAGAGCUUUUGGGAGGUCACUACCGCCAAGACUGAGCAACUCUGGCUAUGGGCGAAGGGGUUUCAUGGGUAAGGAGCCCACCCAGUGGCAAGGCAGGAGUGGAGGAGCAGGGUGGCAGGAGUACAGCCACACCUCUCCAUCAGACACUUUUGGGAGCAGGCAGCAGUCUGACAGGGACUACAUUCAGGAUUCUUACAAACACGUGGAUUCCUUCUCCAGCCGGGUUUUUGAUGAGAGUCACCUGGAUGACAAGAGGCACUUUUUCCAGGAAGAUUACUCAGCAGAUCAGGAGAACAUAGAGAACAGGCCGUUCAGGAGACGGCGUCCCCCCCGCCAAGACAAGCCCCCACGAUUCAGGCGCCUCAGACAAGAGAGGGAAUCAGUUGGCCAGUGGAACUCCGAGGAGGGAGGCCCCAGCCUGCUGCCCAGCCAGUGGCCUGGAAGACCUAAGCUGACCACCACGGAGAAGAGCAACAUCUCAGGCAGACGGUCUCCUGAGCUGUCCUACCAGAACUCAUCAGACCACGCCAACGAGGAGUGGGAGACAGCAUCUGAAAGCAGCGACUUCAGCGAGCGACGGGAGAGGCGAGAUGGUGUUUCAGAGGGUGAAGGCCAGCUGGAGGGUGGCCUCGGGAGUGGGAGCUUGGGAGAGAAGAGGGAGCUAGCAAAGAGGAGCUUCUCCAGCCAAAGGCCACUUGUCGACAGGCAGAGCCGCAAGGCCGAGCCAGCAGGAUUUGCAGAGCAGUCUGUCAGGACUGGAGUAGGAGCAGCUUCCAGAUACGAGAGCCAGCAGAAUGGGGCGCUGAUAAAAAGCAAAAGGUCUCCAGAAGAAGGAGGGGGCAUUGGCAACACCAGUGGUGGGAGCAGCCACUCCAUUUACAGCUUGGACAGGGCUUCCCAUGCCAACUCGGAAAGUGCUGAGGGGCCAGGUAAAAAGAUGGAGAAGGAGCCCAAAUCCACUGCGCAGAGAGCAAAUGAGAAGGGAGAGGCCUUGUCACAGUUUGAACUGAGUUAUGGAAGUACCAUCAUUGAUAAUCGGGUGUCGAACACAGCAGAAGAGAAUGAAGUGAGUUCUAUAGCAGGUGAAGGCUUCAUUGAGGUUCUUACUAAAAAGCAACGUCGUUUGCUGGAAGAGGAGCGAAGGAAGAAGGAACAGGCUGCUCAGGCACCAGCUAAGGCCCGUGUCCUUCAGUCUCGCAUUCCUCCUCGAUUUGCUAAGAAGCAGAAUGGCUUGUGCUUGGAGCAAAGUGAUGUAACAGUGUCUGGAAACAGCCUGGGCACAGACAUCUGGGAGAGCAACAGCCCAGCUCUUUCCGUUCAGUCUCCUGGCAGUGAUUCCUGGAGCAAACCUGUAAAUACCUUUAAUGGUACUGAAUCUAGCACCACUGAGCAGGGUUUUAAAGGCAGCCAGGGGGAUAGUGGCAUUGACUUGAGCGCGGAGUCUCGGGAAUCCUCCGCUACCUCCUCUCAGCGCAGUUCUCCAUAUGGCACCCUCAAACCAGAGGAGAUGAAUGGGGCUGGCCUGGUGGACCCAAAGCCUGACUGCCAGAAGGAGCAAGUGCAGAAGCAAACUGAUAAAAAGGAUUCAGAUCAAGGCUCAGGACAGAACAAGGAACACAAGCCUGGACCAAUCGGCAACGAACGCUCCCUGAAAAACAGAAAGGGUUCGGAGGGAACGGAACGGCUGGAAGGGAAUAUUCCCCCUGUUAACGGGGUGGAAAUUCACGUGGAUUCUGUACUUCCUGUGCCACCCAUUGAAUUUGGAGUAAAUCCUAAAGACUCUGACUUCAGCUUGCCACCUGGUUCUGCCUCUGGCACUGCAGCUAACCCUGUCGCCAAAUUGCAGGAUGCCUUGGCCACUAAUGCAGGGUUAACGCAGUCCAUUCCCAUUCUGCGAAGAGAUCAUCACCUCCAGCGGUGCAUUGGCCUCAACCCAAUGUCCUUCCCCACUGCAGACCUUACUCUUAAGAUGGAGUCUGCUCGUAAAGCUUGGGAAAACUCUCCUAGUUUACCAGAACAGAACUCCCCAGGAGGCGCAGGCUCAGGCAUCCAGCCUCCUUCCAGUGUUGGAGCUUCCAACGGUGUCAGCUACAGCUCUUUUGGUGGAGUUUCUAUGCCUCCUAUGCCUGUGGCGUCCGUAGCACCUUCUGCAUCUAUUCCAGGUAAUCAUAUUCCACCCCUGUAUCUGGAUGGCCAUGUGUUUGCAAGUCAGCCCCGCCUGGUCCCUCAGACGAUACCUCAGCAGCAAAGCUACCAACAGGCUGCUGCUGCUCAGCAGAUUCCCAUUUCCCUCCACACAUCCUUACAGGCCCAAGCUCAGCUUGGCUUGAGGGGUGGUCUGCCUGUUUCCCAGUCCCAAGAGAUGUACAGCUCCAUACAGCCCUUCAGGUCUCAGGUGUACAUGCACCCCAGUCUGUCUCAACCCAGCACCAUGGUCCUGACAGGAGGCACUGCUCUGAAGCCUCCAUAUUCUGCCUUCCCAGGCAUGCAGCCCUUGGAGGUGGUGAAAACUCAGUCUGGGUCCCCCUAUCAGCCCAUGAAUGGAAGCCAGACACUGGUUUACGAAGGCCAGAUAAACCAGGCGGCUGGUAUGGGAGCCUCCCAGAUGAUGGACUCUCAGCUUACACAGCUAACAAUGCCUGUGCCUGGCUCCCAGCUUCCUCUGCCCCGCUACGGCUCUGGCCAGCAGCCCCUGAUUCUACCACAGUCCAUCCAGCUUCCUCAGGGCCAAAACCUGCCUGUAGGAGCUCCCCGAAGAAUCCUCCCUCCUGGAUCCCAGCCUUCUGUUCUCGCUACCAGCAGGGAGUCCUCCCAAAUGGAAAUGAAAGGAUUUCAUUUCUCUGAUGGUAAACAGAAUAUGUCCUCCGGAGGGUCUGUACCAUCACCACACACGUACAGGCCUAGCUCUGCCAGCCCAAGCGGGAAGCCGUCUGGACCAGCAGUUAGUAUGGGCUCUGUGCAAGGACACUAUGUACAACAGGCAAAGCAGCGGGUGGAUGAAAACAAAGCCAACCUGGGAGCAGUAAAGCUGCAAGAAGCGGCCUCCGCAAACCAGAUGAAGCCAGUGCGCACGGGAGCGAUCAAACCUCAGGCAGUCAAAGUGGAGGAAAGCAAGGCCUAGGAGCACCUCUGCCCGCCUGGUCCCGCUGCCUGAGCGGCACUGCAGCUCAGACUGGACCCUACUGGAUCUCUUGAAAAUCUCACCGGAUUUACUCCCUGCCCCACAUUGACUGACUACAGUGACAUCAUCCAAGCCCCUCUCCCCACAAAGCAGUUUGAAACAGUGAAUAUGACAUUGACCUGCUUGCUUUAAAACAAACCAACCAUGUGACUUAAGUGGCUUGAGCCAUUUAUUUUUUUGUUUUUCCCGCUCCAUGCCCCAUCCACAGGUAGCUGUGAUUGUUCACUUGGCAAAGCCCAUCCUUCUCCUUCCCUACUUCUGUCUCAGCAGAGUGGCAACUGGGGGAGAGGGUUUAGUUUGAGGUUUUUCAUUUUAAAGGCAGCUGAGGUUUUUACAAAAAAAAAAAAAAAGCUAUAUCUUUGUUUAUAGCAGAACUUUUAUAUGUUCUCUCAUUUCCCCCCUGCCCUUCUUUCUGCUUUCCUCAUUCCUUCCAGAAAAGAAUUCCCUUCAGCUGAAAUUAUGUUCUGACAAAA